AGAGUUGGAACAAAGCAUUUAAGGAAGAAAACUCAGUAAUUUCUUCAAUCCAUUUUCAUCAAUAUCAAAAGCCACUCAGUUCUUUAAGAUCUCAGGGCAUAGGUGUGUUGAGAUUGGGAAUGGGAGAGACAGAAGAAGCAGAAAAGCAUGUCAGUGCAAAGAAAACUGAAGAAGAGAAAAAGCACAAGGAAAAGAAGAAAGAUAAGCAUGAAGGUGAUGAUAAUGGAGAAGGGAAAGGAGAAAAAAAUGGUGAUAAAGAAAAGAAGAAGAAGAAGGACAAGGGGGAUAAGGCUAAGGAGAAGGCUGGAAAAGAGAAGAAGGAGAAGAAUCCUGAAGAUAAAAAGGAUCCAGUAAAGUUGAAGCAAAAACUGGAGAAGCUUGAUGCCAAGAUACAGCCUCUGAUGGCUAAAAGACAAGAAAUUCUCAACCUGAUCAAUCAAGCUGAGAACAAUAAUGCACCGAAUCCCAGUGCAGAAACAUGAAACAAACAAUA